UUGUUCUCUUCAUUUAAUUUUGUACGCAAAUUAAAACCAGACACAGACGAGAUUUAGAAAACGAUCCGCCGGAAUCAGCUUAAACCUCAAACUAUUCAUGACGCAGUUUGCGUUGAUUGCAUCGAGGACGAAUGCAUCGCAACAGUGCGCACUCGGGAACCCGAAGGCUGCAGGUGGAGCGCGUGUCCGCAGGAUCCGGAUCUCCAGCGCGCCGCCUCAUUGGCACGUGGCCCGGGCGGGGUGGAGCGUAGCGGGGCCGCCUCUUGCUUUGCGGUCUUGUUUUUGUCAGCCUCCCAACGCUCAGAGCAGCUGCAGCAGGUCCUCGGGAGAGCGGCGCCCCGACACGAACCGGCAAAACCACUCGGCUUGGACCUUAUUCCUCCCUCCAACCCCCCCCCCCCCACUCCCUCCCCGCGUUAUUCGACCUCCAGGAGCCGGGCGCAGCCGACGAGCCCGAAGAGGUGGAUCCAUCCGCGGAGGGUGUGUGUGUGUGUUUUUGGUCCUGCGGAGGACUGAAUCAGAGGAGACAACAGGAGGACUCCGGGGCGGCAGGGGGGGGGGGGGGAAGGGGGCUCGUGAUCGUCGUCGGUGUCCUUUCCCAAGCGGUGACACCGCCCCUCGCUGUCCCGCAGCGUCUCCGCGGCACCGAAUUGGAUGCGAGUGCGCGAGGAGAAUACUAAUGAGCGGCGAGGCGCACCGCGUCCCCCGCUGCUGCUGAGGGCCACAGCGGAGCCGACCAGUCAUCCGGAGCGCACCGGGCCCCGCGCGCCACCGUGGUUAGCCCCCCUCGCCUCCCCACCUCUUCCUCCUGCCAUCCCACGGGAAUUAAUGACCGGAACCGUCUUGUCUCCUGGAUGAGUAAAUAAAAGCAACAACAACAACAGAAACCUCCUGCAGCUGCACAAAGAAAAAGAGAAAAUGGGCAACAGCUUCUCCAACAUCUCUGCCUUCCAGUCCCUCCACAUCGUCAUGCUGGGCUUGGACUCGGCGGGGAAGACCACGGUCCUCUACAGGCUCAAAUUCAACGAGUUCGUCAACACGGUUCCCACCAUCGGGUUCAACACGGAGAAGAUCAAGCUGAGCAACGGCACCGCGAAGGGCAUCAGCUGCCAUUUCUGGGACGUCGGGGGCCAAGAGAAGCUGAGGCCCCUGUGGAAGUCCUACAGCCGGUGCACCGACGGGAUCAUCUACGUGGUGGACUCCGUGGACGUCGACCGGCUGGAGGAGGCCAAGACGGAGCUGCACAAAGUCACCAAGUUCGCGGAGAACCAGGGCACGCCGCUGCUGGUCAUCGCCAACAAGCAGGACCUGCCCAAGUCGCUCCCGGUGGCGGACAUCGAGAAGCAGCUGGCUCUGCACGAGCUCGGCCCCUCCACCGCCUACCACAUCCAGCCGGCGUGCGCCAUCAUCGGCGAGGGGCUUCACGAGGGGAUGGACAAGCUGUAUGAAAUGAUCCUGAAGAGGAGGAAGUCCCUGAAACAGAAGAAGAAGCGGUAACAGCUGCUGUCUCUGCGAGGAGGAAGAGGAGGAGGAGGAGGAGGUGUUUGAGUCCAAUAGAACUGUGUGGGGUCCCGGCUCUGCCAGCGAUUACUUUGCAGUGUUUUCCUAUUGUUUUUUUUGUUUUGUUUUUCCGUUUCCUCAGUGUGGAUUAAAGCUGUGAAGCCCUGCUGAGUGCAUCAUUCAGCACACGGGAGGACGUUCGGCAGGACACGGACUGCACCAUAACCAAAAAGAAA